AUCAGAGUCGUCGCAUCUCUCGCUUAAGAUAUACAUCACCGCGGCACCGUCCGCGGUUUUCCAUGGGUAUCGGCGAGCCGAGAGCCGUCCCGACGCUGGCCGACACGCACCAAGCCCCGGUAAGGACUGUCAAUCGUGGACGGGAUGCCGCGCUCGGAGUACGCUCGGUGACGAAUGAUAUCGUCCGAAAUUACGGUCUUUCGUGCAACUCGACACACGUGCGGUACGCCUUGAAGUGCGACAACCAGUACGGAGGACCUGCGGUGGCGAGGCAACUCAACUCCGAAUCGGCACAACGAUCAAGUUCCAGUUAACAGAUCCUGAAGGAUCGACGUUUAUUUUCUUGGUACUCUCCUUGAGAAAACUUCCGGGAUCAUUGUGCUUCAGCGCAAGCUAAAGCGAUAUAUUAACGAGACCAUCGAAUGACUAAAGGGAAGUGUAAUAUCGUGUGGAGCUCCUCGCAGAUUGAAACAUUCUCGUUUGUAUUGACGAUCCAUACUGCUUCAUCAUUGAUUUCCGCGUUGUAUUGUAAACAAUAAUAAGAAGCUGAGGAAAUUUAAGUUGGAAAACGAAGCUUGACCUCGUGCUAGUAUCAAAGAAGCGUUCCAGAACUACGUUUUGCAUUGUAGAUCCUGAACGUCGUAAAUCUUACAGGUCAAUGUUAUAUUGCAGCUUAUUGAGUACAGUGCGCUGUUCAUCGACCUCGCGUGAGCAUUACUCUCGUUAUGUCUUAAAGAAGCUUAACCAGUAACCCAAGCUUUUGUCAGCAAUUUCAUCCGAGUAAAGGAGCAACGUGGACGAGGAUAAUUUUGAAUGACCUGAUCCGUCUUAUGUUGCGCUAAAUCGACUGCUCGCUUAUUUUUUAUCGUUGUUCAUCGGCAAGCAGCUUUGUCAGCUAACAAACUAUUGCGAUUUAGCAAUAUCUUCUCAAGACAAUCUGAAACGAUAAGGACUCGAAGCAGUAUCAUUCGGAUCAAUCUGGAGUACCGAGUACUGUAAGCGUUCAAAGUAUUUUGUGCGAUCUCUUCCAGUUCGUAGGAUUGUGUGCAAAGGUAUCGCGGAGGCAAAGUGAGGAAAGGGUGAUGGUGAAUGGACUCACAUGGUUACUCUAUCCAAUAGACAGUGAGUCUGCUCGAAGGACACAUGGUUCGUCGACGGUGUUGGGUUUUUCUGAUCCCACGCAGUUUCCCGUCGUACCUGGCUCGGUGACUGUUGGCGAAUCUGUUCGCUCUUCGUGGACAAAGACUUCCGAGAAGGUGGUGUGUGAAGGGAAGUACCAGCCACGACGGGGCCCAGCGCCGGGGCGGAGACAAGGCCCCCGGUGCAGGGAAGAAGCGAGGCAGGGGAAGAAGUCGAGUUUAGCGUAGCAGCAACGGCCCUGAAACUACAGGGGAGAACAACUACCCCCUUGAACAGGGGGGAAACUAGAAGGCGACCUCGUCGACGGAGGCGACGGAAAAAGAAGCGACGGAGGUGCGGCAUAAUUUUGAUCAUAGGGUGGACAGGGGAACGAAACGGGUCUGGAGUGGCUUGGCGCUUUGAACGAAGGUGUCACCCCGGGGAAGACGAAGGACUUUGAUUACUAUCUUCCGCUACCACCUUGUGUAUACGUGUGGUAUACUCACCCCUUUCUCCACUUGCUAAAUUAGAAAGGUUCUGUAGUGCUCCAGUUUAUGAUUUCAUUCACUUUUGGUAGUGAGCUCAGUGUGAUAAAAAGUCAAAUGAUGUACAUGUGAUCCAAAAUGAUGGUAAUUUGAUAUAUAUAUGUAUAUAUACAUAUAUGUAUAUGUGUGUGUGCUUGUGCUGCUCAAGAGUGCGUGAGAUGACAAGGGUCGAGUGAGAAAAAGUAAAAAAGAUUCGUGAAGAAAUGCAAUUUCGAAGUGAUAAAUCUGUAUCUAUGUAAAGACGUGCCAGUGUGUCCGCACAGGAAGAGUACAAAACAAAAUAAAUUUAUGAAGAUAAAAGGAUAGAGAGAAGAAUCGUAGAUCAGCUGAAGAUAACCAAAGGAAAGUCAGUCAGCAACGUAGACAAGUGACAUAAGCAGGUGCGACAGGUGGGACAGUAGCAUGAGUUCGUACUUCGCGAAUUCGUAUAUCCCGGACCUGCGAAAUGGCGGGGUGGAACACCCGCAUCAGCAUCAGCAGCACUACGGUGCGGCCGUACAGGUACCUCAGCAGACACAAUCGGUCCAGCAACAAUCUCAGCAAGCCGGUGACCCCUGCGACCCGAGUUUGUUACGUCAAGGAGUAUCCGGCCAUCAUUAUGGAACCACGGGAGGUCAGCAAGAUAUGCCUUAUCCGAGGUUUCCCCCGUACAAUCGGAUCGACAUGCGGAACGCGGCCUACUAUCAGCAUCAACAGGAACACGGAAGUAUGGACGGCAUGGCCGGUUACAGGUCGACGUCUCCGAACACCGGUAUGGGUCACAUGGGACACACACCUACCCCCAACGGACAUCCGUCCACCCCCAUCGUCUAUGCCAGUUGCAAACUUCAGGCGGCUGCUGUCGAUCAUCAAGGCAGCGUUCUCGACGGACCGGAUAGUCCACCUCUCGUCGAAACACCGCAGAUGCACCAUCAAAUGCAUAGCCAGCAUCCACACAUGCAGACGCAGCAAUCGCAGCAUCCGCAGCAGCAAUCGCAGCAUCAGCAUCUGCAGGCACAGCAGCAACAUAUGAUGUACCAACAGCAACAGCAAUCUCAAACUACGUCGCAACAGGGACAAGGUGGAAUGCACCCGCAACAGCAGCAGCAAGCUCAGCAGCAUCAAGGCGUCGUUGCAUCGUCGCUCAGUCAACAGCAGCAAGGCGCGCCUCAGGGUGCGGCAACUGCAAAUUUACCGAGCCCAUUGUAUCCUUGGAUGAGGAGCCAGUUCGAAAGGAAACGGGGUCGACAGACCUAUACACGAUACCAAACGUUAGAAUUGGAGAAAGAGUUUCACUUCAACCGAUAUCUUACUAGGCGGCGACGCAUCGAGAUCGCACACGCGCUAUGUCUGACGGAACGGCAGAUAAAGAUCUGGUUUCAAAACAGACGGAUGAAGUGGAAGAAAGAGAACAAGACGAAAGGCGAGCCGGGCUCGGGCGAUGGCGACACUGAAAUCUCGCCGCAGACGUCGCCGCAGGGUUAAAAGAGCUCUCCGAGGAGUGGAACUUCCUUUCCACCUCUCUCAGGGUCGUUAAUACCUUGUUUCCAGCACUACCUCCUCCCCACCCAAAACCCCAAUCCUCAUCGAUGACCUCCAAAUGAUCCCUCUAAGCAAUGACGCUUAUUUUGUCGUGUUAAUCAUGUUGCUUGUACCAAAAACGAAGCAGAUAAUGAUAAAGGCGAGAAAGUUGUAGAAGGACCCGUAAGAGCGCUCGAUGACGAAUAGACGAUAAGAAGGGAACUUACGAUAAACCCAGAGACGUGAAGGAACGAGAAAGAGCAAGAAGAAAAGAACAAAACGAAGCAAAGACGCACAAACGAGUCAGUAGAGGAUUUGCGGAAAUGUGCGUGAAUAAGGUGGAUCAAUCGUUAUUGAUCGAGAAGAGUAAAUAAAACUGGAUCACAUGCUAAUCAGAACCGCGUCAACCUCUAUUACAUUUAAUCGAUUAUUGUAUACUAAAGCCCUAUAUAUAUAUAUAUAGGCUAUAUAAAUAUAUAUAGCCUAUAUACAUAUAUACAUACAUACAUAUAUACAUAUAUAUGUGUACAUACAUAUAUAUAUGGAUAAAGAUGUAUGUUUAAUGUGAAAUCGUGGAAGCGAGUGACCGAUGACCGGUUGGUCUUUACUAACGCAUGUAGAAGACAUGGUUCAGAAUGAUAGAGUUAAAUUAAGAGUUAAAUCUGCUGAGAAAGAAUGAUAUGCGCGAAUCUAAUUGCGAGUAUGGUAGAAAAAAAAGAGAUCGUGUUGAAAUCUUAGGAGAGCAUUUUAUUAUUUAUUCUCUUACAUCGUAAAGUAGAAUUGUAGAACGAUCAAUAGAAUAGCCGUACGAAGAUGUCCAUCGCGUCUGUAUUUAGCGAUAGGUAAGCGGUUUAGUGUCGUUAGAGGAUUGUUUAGAUAGAUUUCUUUCUUUAAUAACCACCGCGCGGUGGCUCUAACGAGGAUAUUUAUGAUUCGUGCCAAGUGUGAUCUUUGAGAAUGUGUUUUGAUAAAAUUCGAGAGAGGAUUCGAGUAACGGCGGGAUACAGGAGGUGGACAGGAAGAGCAGUGCGGAAGCGGAAGAGGAAAAUCGCCAAGUCUUACGUCUUAUCCUGAGAACAGUGAUACAAGUGUGUGCAAAACUAAUUCCAUGGAAGAUCAGUGGAUUUUGAUGUAUAAAUAUAAAGGUCAUGGCGUUGUUUUUGAAAUGCUGUAUGCGGAAAAGACGACCGGUGAAUGAGACGGACUAGUGCUGAAUGAUAAAGUGAAUAUGAAAAAAGAAACAGCGCCCUUCGGCGGAGCAGAGUCAAAUGGACUUGACAGUUCUUCAUCAGCGUCAUCGCAAGGUUAGUCUAUAAAGAUUGCUAAUGAUAUGCAAUUAUCGGUUAAAUUGCUUUGUUUCUCGUUGAAUCGUCGUGCAUUUGAUAAGAACAGUAAGUUUUGAACACCAACGGCAUAAGCUUACAUUUUCAUGUUGAUAAUGCAUAAAACUGUAGCUUACCCGUUUGCUGACCGAUAGUUAGGAAAAUUUGUUCCUAUCACGCAUAUUGCUCAAAAUACGAGUAUAUAAUGUACAUAAGCAGUUCUUUCCUAGUUAAAAAGCGUGUCCGCUUGGAAAAAGAUGUUCAAAUUACAAAUUUUUUGACGUUAUUUUCGAUAAUUUAGAAAUGUAUUUAAGAAAUGUAUUUUAUAUUAUUAUCUAUUAUUUGAAUCAAGAAACUUUUUCGUUUGUACUUGUAAUAGUUCAAAUGAUUUCAAAAAACAAUUAUUUGAUAUUAAGAUAUUUGAUAAUAUCUAUUGAUAAUAUUUAAAAUAUCUUAAUUUUAUAUUAAAUAAUGUAUAUAGCGUAAUAUAUCUUUUACAAUGUUGGACAUGUAAUGUGAUCUCGAGUAAAUUAUUUUCUUUAGAAUUUUUUAAAAAGAACAAAUGCAAUAGUUAUACUCGUAAUAGCGUUGCAAUUCUUCUUUUUACUGUAAAUAUUGAAAGAAGAUAACUCAAAGAACGAAAGUUUAUUUGCAUUAGUUUAUUUGCUAUCGAAAAUUUGCUCUUGCUCCGCGCGACAUGACGCCAAGUUACCAAGUGUUAUAAUACAUAGCGUAUUUUCGGAAUAGGAUGCUUUUGGCAUGAAACCGCUUGGCACCUUAAUAGUGGCUUAGAGCUAACUUAACCAAAAGAAACUUUUUUUUAUUACAAUAUAUAUUGUACAUACAAUAAUUUAAUUGCAUUAUCAUUCCAAACAAUUAUACUGCUUUUCAAUUUUUUUUUGUAUAGUACAAAACGAAUUCAAACAAUCUUUAUUUUAGUCUUCUUAACUGACAAUGUGAGUGAUAUUGUGUUUCUUUUGUAAAUUAUUUUCUACUACUAUUUAUACGAAAAUUCUAGUAUUUUUUAUUUAGUUUUUACAUGACGACACUCUUCAUAUGUGAGAGAUGAUCGGAUCAGCAAGAAUCCAAUUUGUACAUUUAUAUUGAAACAAGCGUGUGUUAAGUGUGGCAAGCGGUAUCAGGGCACUCGUCAACUCGAUCGUCUGAUCUGGUUCGAUGAAUUGAUUCGAUUAUGCCGUAUCGGGAGAUUCAGGAAAGCCCGGCCACGUUGUAGCCAGGCGAGCCCAUAUAUUCCGCCGCGGUGAAUUCUUGUGCUGUGUUGUAAACUUAGAUUCGACAUAAUUAUUUAGUGUAUAUCUUGUAUACACCAUAAUUAAUGAUAUACGUAAUAAAUGAUAUUAAUAACCGCGUGCUAAUUAUGAACAGCGAUCGAAAAAUGCCUGUAGAGGUGGUCAAUCUUCUAACUCGCUGCAGAAUUUGGCUCCUUACCAUCUCUUCAUUAAAGAUGAGAGAAAGAGGCGAAGAGAGUGGCAUAAAACGUGUAAUCGAUAUACGUAACGUAAUGGUCCAGCUCGCGCUCGUGCGUCGAUCGAGCAAUGUGUGACCAGCCUUUCCUUCUCGAGAAAUUUAUUUAUGUAAAACUCUUUGUCCUUGAGGAGCAACGAACUGUGUGAAAUCUGCGGAAAAUCCGCGGCGGUCGCUCGCUAUCGCGCGUGUUUGAAUCGCCCGUGUAAUCUAGCCAUUAGCCAAUCAUGGUCUCAUGAAAGAAUCCGUCUUUUACAUUUUCGUUUCGUUAUUCAGUUUUAUGUAAUUUGGAUAUAUAGAGGUUAUUAUUUUUCAGAUUUUUUUUUUAAUCGUAAGUUGUACCAAGAUCUUUUUUUACUUCUGAAGUACGACAAAUGUACAGUUGUAUUAUUGAUGAAUGAUGAUUUAUAUACAAACGUACGACACACAUGCAACCUUGUACGAUAUUAUAUGGAUUUUCACAUAUUUUAUUGCGAGCAAAUUGCAUGUAGUUUUAACUAUAUUAACCAAAUUAUAAUAUUUAAAUGGUAGAGAAGGGGAUGCGCCGUUCGCGAGAUUCGAGGCUUCUUACCAUUUCUGAUAAGGAAGAACUCUUUAUUCUUUGAUAUCAAUUGUUGUAAUGCUAUGACUAAAAGAAAAUUUCAUGUAUCCAACUUCUAGAGACCGAUCUAUUUUUCUUUGUAAGUUGCUAAAGAGAGAACGAUAAUAAUCUACGAGAUGAGAUUCUUAUGAUUUACUUAUGCGCGUUGAUUUAACAUCUGUCGAAAUUGUAGUAUAUGUACGUUUAAAGUUUAAAUUCGAGAUACAGUACCGAUCUAUCAAAUCGAAAAUUAUUUGCAAGCAUUUAAUUCGAUUGUAAUAUGUACAAAAGUUGAAUAGUGCAAUAAAGUAUGUUUAAAUAAAAAUUAAAAGAAAGAUAUGAUGGACCUCGGUGCUGUACGAGUAAUAAUUGUGGUGAGCGAUCGCCGCGAAUACGUACGCAAUUAAAGAAAAAUAAACUUUUGUAUCUAUUGGAUAGCGAACCUAUUACUUAUAGAUUAAAAGUAUAUACAUAUAUUAUAUAUAACGCGAGAAGGGAAAUUCAUAAUAUUAACUGGGAGGAAUAAAAUGCAAAAUAUAUAUUUUAUCUUUACUCGUAUAUAUGCGCAUUAAAUUACAAGAUAUACGUAAAUUAAACCAAGUACCGUGAGUGUAUGCAAAAAAGUAGAACGUAAAACUGAACGUAAAUGCAAACAGUGUGUACGUACGAGGUAUGUCACUAAGAUAGUCCGUAUUCGAUAUAAGAGUAACAUCUAAAAUUUAACUCAUAAAAAUAAAGAAAUAGCGUUAAGUAAACGGGUAUGUGUCGGUCGCAGUGAGUGGAGGUGGCGGUCGUGAAUUUUUAAUUGGAUUUUCGUCUAAAUAAAGAAACGGCAUCCGCCAUAUUAAGCGUACACCACGGGAGAAACGCGCAAUGAAAAUUUUAUUUAUUAUUGUCCACAAUACGCGAGAGAGCGGCGGCACUUGCAAAAAAGAAAAUGUACAUAAGUCCGAUCCUUUCUAACUAGGCUAUAUCCGCAAAAAAAAAACGCUACCAGAUAAGUAGAAUAAAGAGAAACGAAAAAAUAUAAGACGAAGUAAUGCUUGUCAAUGAACGAGUAAUUUUCAGACCGUAAUAUUGUUUAGUCCGGUAAUAUUUAUUGAUACAUGUUAUAUAUACCGCAAAGUGGAUCUUUCUGUUUGUUUAAUUGAUUAUACAAUAAAUAUUUUUUAUAAUGUA